CACACACACAACAUUGCUGAGAGGGAGAAACAGGUCGCGGCAUCAGCUCUCACAAACUCUUUAAAGUUUAAACGUUUAACCCGAGCGCGGAGGUGCGGAGCCCUUGACGCCGCCUGGAUCUGUGAAGAGCUCUCUGCUCCAUCUUCAGCUGCCUGAGACGUGAACCUCAGAAAGACUCUUAAUGAAUCAGUAUUCGCCGCUCGAUGCCAUGGCGUUCAAAGGAAACAUCACGCUGCAGAAGAUCCCGGAGUCUAACAUGGCUCUGAGCGUGUUAGGCGUGUUUCUGGGAUUGCUUCUGGAAGUUUCCACACACGGACCCUCCAGCGUUCCCAGAAGCUCAUGGAGGCACGAUGCCGUCUGCUUCCUGAUACAGCUGAAGUGUCUUUUAUAUGAUGACGUUGUAUUGACUCUGCUCUCUCAGCUGCUGUGGAAAGUUCCAGAGAACGACAUGUCGAUGUGUAUUUUAAAGGGCAAAUCUAAAGAGACCGACUGUCGAAACUACAUUCGAGUUUUGCAAGUGCUGGAUGAAGACACUCUGUAUGUUUGUGGGACUCACGCGUUUCAACCCGUCUGUGAUUAUCUGUCGCUGCAGAGUUUCCGCUUGCAGGACAGAGCAGAGGACGGCAGGGGGAAAUGCUCCUUCGACCCGGCCCAGAGCUUCACCAGCGUGAUGGUUGAUGGUGAGUUGUACUCAGGAACGGCGUAUAACUUCCUGGGUAGCGAGCCGAUCAUCUCCAGAUCUUCUCUGUCUCAGAGUUUACUGCGCACAGAGUAUUCAACAUCCUGGCUCAACGAGCCCAGUUUCGUCUUCGCUGAUGUGAUCCGAGAAGGGCAGAACAGUCCGGAUGGAGAUGACGAUAAGAUCUACUACUUCUUCACGGAGGUGUCGGUGGAGUACGAGUUCUUCGGGAAGCUGCUGAUCCCCAGAAUCGCUCGCGUUUGUAAGGGGGAUCUGGGAGGCCAGCGGACGCUGCAGAAGAAGUGGACGUCGUUUCUGAAGGCUAAGCUGGUUUGCUCAAUGCCGGAGCUCAACUUUGUGUUCAAUGUGGUUCAUGACGUGUUUAUUCUGAAAGCGCCGCACUGGAGAGACACCGUCAUCUAUGGGGUCUUCACAUCUCAGUGGGGGAAUGUUGGUCUGUCCGCCGUCUGUGCGUAUAACAUGAGUUCGGUGCAUGAGGUUUUCACUAAAGGGAAGUACAUGCAGAAGGCCACGGUGGAACAGUCCCACACUAAGUGGGUCCGAUUUAAUGGCAUCACCCCGAGUCCCAGACCCGGAGCGUGCAUCAGCAACCUGAACCGCAUGCAGAGCAUCAACUCGUCGCUCCAGCUGCCCGACAAGACGCUGCAGUUUGUGAAGGACCAUCCGCUGCUGGAGGACCCCGUGCUGCCCAUCGGAAACGGCCCGCGCCUCGUCACCAAAGACAUCAACUACACACAGAUCGCUGUCCAGAGAGUGCAGGCGCUCGACGGAAACAUCCACCACGUCAUUUUCACCGGCACCGAUAAAGGCUUGCUGCACAAAUCGCUGGUGUUGGAGGGCGAGGUUCACACGGUGGAGGAAAUCCAGCUGCUGAAGAACACAGAGCCAAUUAAAACACUUCUGCUCUCCUCACAAGUGGCCCGGUUCCUGUACGCUGGAUCGGACUCUGGUGUGGUUCAGUCUCCCACAGCAUUCUGUGAGAAGUACCCAUCCUGUGUGGACUGUGUUCUGGCGCGGGACCCCUACUGCGCCUGGGACCCGCGCUCGGCCUCCUGCCUCAAUAUUUUCCAGCAUGAUGCCAAUCCACGGAAGUUGAUUCAGAGCCUUAAAGGAGAUGCUGGGAUAUGCCCUACAGUCGAUCCUCUGGCGGUGGGCGACUAUCAGCAGGUGCUGGUGAAGCCGGGCGGUUCUGCCGAUCUGCCGUGUCAGGUGCGCUCAAACCUGGCUCAGGUGUUGUGGAAGCUCAACGGCCGCGUCCUGACCGAAGCCUCGCGCUUCCGUCUGCUGAACGAGAACGGGCUGCUGAUCUACAGCGUGACGCCGGAGGACGUCGGCCGCUACGAGUGCUGGUCGGUCGAAGCGUCCGCGGGACAGAACUUCACCCGUUUGGUGGCGGCAUACGCGCUUCGACUGGAGCUUCCCGAGAGCGUGCCGUCCAUAUCCGCUCUGCAUCCGUCCAGCGCCGCGUCUACACUCACACCGGAGGAAGGUAAUACCGGUAACGGCUCGGGACUAACGCCGACUCACACGGAUGCACCCUCACUAACAACCCCUCCCAGCAAUGCCAUUAAACCCAAAGCCUACAUCCUUCCGGAGGUCAGCAACUUACCCACACGCACCGAGACGCUCGACCCCUCGGCUAAAUAUAUUCAGCACGACAACAGCGCCGCCCUGCUGUCGCUCUUCCUGCUCUUCUUCCUGCUCUUCCUUGCCGCUCUGGCGUACAACUGUUACAUGCAGUACCUGCCGGCGCCGUGUCUCCGCCUGCGAUCCGCGCUGCUCGGCUCCAGCAAAAAGCCCCAGCCGGAGUAUGCAGCCUGCGAGCCCGGCCUGAUGGAGCCAGUGCAGGAAAAGCCGGAUCCGGCCAAUCAGAACGGAGCGCAUCCGCUGCGCGCACUCAGAGACACCGGAUACGAGACAGAGCCGGAAUGCAAGAACGGCGGAGUUCCAUCCGGCAGCGACGAGGACAGUCCCUCGAAAGUGCGGCCCUUCGACGUCGACUGUGCGUCGCAGCCGAUUGAGUACGCAGACGCCGACGCGCCGUACUGAUGCACCGCUUUUCACUCGCAUUCACAGAAUCGCCGCAGCUC